AUGACACCUUUCCAAGGGAGGAUAUAUGAUUUGGGAGGUCAAGUUCUAGCUGCAAAUAGUGCUCCAACCAUCUUCCACCUUGCUAGAGAAAUCGAAGCUGAAACAGAGGAAUUAGACACUCAUAAGUUCGCCGUCAUCGAUUCCACCGGAAAAUACGUCAGCACAAAAGUCGUAGACGAUUACAUCUCUAUCAUAUCCCUAACCUUAAAACUUCAGGAUGAAGCCAACACCACAGGCCGAAUCGGAGUGCACGCAGUCAGCGAUAUUGCUUCAGAACCAACUCCUUCGUUUCUCAAAUCUAACGGAAUUGAAUCAGUGCCUGAAUCUGUUGCCUAUGGAUUCACGGCUUCAGGUUACGGAUUUGUGCAGGAUAUGCCCUAUGCUUAUGUUCAUGAGUUCACAAGGACUUCAAUGGCGGGAAAGACUAGGCGAUUUAAAGGCGGGUAUAUGAGCGUUUGGGAUAAAAUAAGUAAACAACUUCCCGUAAAAAUUCAUUGCGAUACGCAAGUAUUAUCAGUCAAUCGUAAUGGUAACACCGUUAAAAUCAAAGCCAAAAUUGUCAAUGGUGAAACGCAACAUAUGGAAUUCGAUAAACUCAUUAUCUCUGGUUCGUUUCAUUUACACAGUGGAAAGACGUACAGAUCACCUUCAAAAGCAACAGAAGAAACUGUGAAUGAGGUUAUGGAUCUAAGUGAUUUUGAGAUGGAAUUAUUUAAUAAAGUGGAGACUAUCGAUUACUACACUACUGUGUUAAAGAUACAUGGAUUAGAGCAUAUUCCAGCUGGGUUUUAUUACCUUGGGGAAUUCAUAGGGGACCCUAAAACAAUAGGCAAUCCUGUUGCGAUGCAAAGAUUCUACCCAGAUAAGAACAUAUUCCUAUUUUGGUCAUAUGGUAAUUCAAGCGAUAUUGUAGGCCAUAAAGUUACUCAGCUUGUAGUUGAUGCAGCCACAAGUAUUGGAGGCAAGGUUGAGAAAGUAAUCUUACAAAGAAGAUUCAAGUACUUCCCUCAUGUCAACAGUCAAGAAAUGAAGGAUGGGUUUUAUGAGAAACUGGAAAACCGACUCCAAGGUCAGAAGAACACUUUCUAUGUUGGAGGGCUAAUGGCAUUUGAGCUAACAGAAAGAAAUUCAUCCUAUGCCUUUUCUCUUGUUAUGAAGCAUUUCGCAAGUGACAAUCCAAUACCCAGAUUCCCAUACAUCAAGAGAUUAUUUACUAUGAAAUCAGACUAUCAUUCUUGGAUUGCCAAACAACUAGAUGAAGAACCAGGUGUAAAGUUUCCAGAUAUUUCAUCUAUUGGUGGCUAUUUAAGACAUUGGGGAAACCAUGAACGCAUUGCAAAUAAAACACUCUACAUCUGGAUCAACGAUAAAGGAGAAACAAUAAAUAGAAGAACAUAUAAAGAAAUAAAUGCUAAUGCUUCUCACAUCGCUCACAAGCUUUUAACAAACAAUAGGCCAAAUAUCAACCCUGGAGAUAGAGUUCUUCUAGUGUACAUACCUGGCCUAGAAUUCCUUGAUGCCUUUUUCGGUUGCCUGAGAGCAAGAGUCAUACCAGUACCUGCUAUCCCCCCUGAUCCAUCACAAACAGGAGGCCAAUCACUUCUUCAUAUUGAAAAUAUUGCUAAAAGAACAAAAGCAGUUGCAAUACUUUCAACUUUCAACUACCAUGUGUUUGUCAAAGCAAAUUCUGCGAAAAACAAGAUUAUGUUAACAAGGAAAACAAAGAACUUACCUUCCUGGCCUAACCUCCCAUGGAUACAUACAGAUUCUUGGAUCAAGAACUUCAAAGGUGGUGAUGACAUCAUCUAUGAUGAUAUAUUAGUGCAAGAAAGUAAGAUUCUUCCAAAAGAUUUAUGCUUUCUUCAGUUCACAUCUGGGUCAACUGGAGAUGCGAAAGGGGUUAUGAUUACACAUGGAGGUCUUGUUCAUAACGUGAAGUUGAUGCGUAAGGUAUACAAGAGUACUUCAAAGAUUGUUGGUGUAAGUUGGUUACCUCAGUAUCAUGACAUGGGACUUAUUGGUGGGAUUCUAACAUGUACACUGAGUGGUGGAUCAUGUAUACUCUUUUCUCCUAUAACUUUUAUAAAAAACCCGUUGUUGUGGCUGCAAACCAUGAGCAAGUUUCGGGCUACUCAUAGUGCUGGACCUAAUUUUGCUUUUGAGCUUUUGAUAAGAAGAUUGGUGUCCAAGAAGGAAAAGAUCAUGAAACUUGAUCUUUCUUCCAUGGUUUUUCUCAUGGUGGCUGCUGAACCUAUAAGAUCCAAAACCCUGAAACGAUUUAUUGAGUUGACUCAGGGGUUUGGGCUCUCUCAAGAAGUGAUGGCUCCUGGUUAUGGCAUGGCUGAGAACUCAGUUUACAUUAGUUGUGCAUUUGGAGAUGGAGAACCGAUCUUUCAAGAUUGGCAAGGAAGGAUUUGUUGUGGGUAUGUGAAAACGAAUGAUGCUGACAUGGAUAUUAGAAUAGUUGACCCUGAGACAGGUGAAGAACAUAAAGAAAAUGGGAAAGAAGGGGAGAUUUGGGUGAGUAGUUUAAGUGCAGGUGUUGGGUAUUGGGCAAUGGAGGAGCUGAGCCAAAAGACUUUCAGCAACCACCUUCAAGGGCAAUUUGAGAAAAUGUACAUUCGGAGUGGCGAUUUAGGAAGGAUUGUUGAUGGGAAGUUAUUCAUCACAGGGAGGAUAAAGGAUCUGAUUAUUGUUUCUGGAAGGAAUAUAUACUCUUCAGAUAUUGAAAAGACGGUUGAGUCCUCGUCUGAGUUUAUACGCCCUGGUUGUUGUGCAGUUGUAGGUGUUCCCGAAGAGAUAUUAUUAGCUAAAGGGGUAAUGACACCUGAAAAUUCAGACAUGGGUUUAGUUGUGAUUUCAGAGGUUAAAGGGAAUAUAGUUCCAAAUGAAGAGGUAAUGGAACACAUUCAUUCUUGUGUGGCAGAAGAACAUGGGAUUACAAUUUCUUCGAUUGUUUUUAUAAAAGAAAAAAGCAUUUGUAAGACAACAUCAGGAAAGAUCAAGAGGUUUGAAUGUCUAAAAUAUUUUAUUGAGGGGAAGUUGCAAGUAAUCAAAGUUUACACACAGAAACAAUCUUUGAUUCAGUCAAUUACCCCAAAAGUGAUUAAAGAAGAUGUCUCUGUUAUAUCUAAGAAAGAAAUUGUUAACUUUUUGAAGAAACUUCUUUCAGAUCAAACGGGAAUUCAAACUGGAAACAUAUCGGAAACAGAAAGUCCUGUAAGCUAUGGGAUUGAUUCGAUUGGAGUUGUUAGAUCAGCUCAAAAGCUUUCUUCUUUUCUCGGGAUUCCAGUGGGGGCGAUUGAUAUCUUCACAGCUACCUGCAUUGAUGACCUGGCAGAUUUUGCAGAAAAUCUUGUUAGAAAAUCUUGUGCUGAGUCAUCAAGUCCUUCAUCCAAUCUUGACAAGAAGACAUAUUUUGUGAAAACAUCAAUAGAACCAACUUUUAUUCAUAAGUUUGUUAUUUGGGUAUUGCAUCUUUUUGGUAUUGUAUACCUCUUGUUCUUGUUAACAAUUCCUAUCUACCUUUCGGUUUCUUCUUUCACCUUUUUAAUCUACAAAACCACGUUUUUCAAUUUCUUAAUAUCCUUAACUUUUGCCCCUCUUAUUUGGAUGUUCUACAUUCUUUCCUCUUGUUUGACUAUCGCAUUAUUCGGGAACUCAUUUCUUCAACCUAACUAUGGUCAAACCCCUGAUACAUCCAUUUGGUCAAUCAACUUUGUAAAAUGGUGGACAUUGUACAAAGCCCAAGAUGCUGUGUCUAGAAAUCUAGCUGUGCAUUUGAAAGUCACCAUUGAAGAUGGAGCAGUGAUUGCAGAAGGAGCUUUGAUUCAAAGCCAUGAGGUCAAAAAUGGUGUGUUAAGUUUACAACCAAUCAGAAUUCGGGAAAACUCAUGUGUUGGUUCGUAUGCUGUGAUUCAAAAAGGGAGUAUUGUAAAAGAUGGAGCUGAGGUUCCUGCCUUGCGAACUUUAAAAGGCGAUGCACAUGAAUUUAGUGUUUCCAAGGUUCAUAAACUUGAAAAGGGUAUUAAUUUACAAAAGGUUAAACAUGAGCCUUUUUACCACAUUUUUGGCAUUUACAUGGUUGGUUUUGUAAGCUCUCUAUCUGCAGCCGUUUGUUACAUAAUCUACCUUCAGGUACUUCAAAAGCCUCAAUCUUUGCAACACUUCAGCUUUCUUUGCUUAUGUGCAUCUGUUCACUGGCUUCCUUUUAAUGUUCUUGCAUAUGCCAUCAUCUUUAAAGACAUUCCCACAAACCCUUUAUCUUUUUCCUUCACUAUUGCAAUAGCAUACCUAUUUCAUGGCAUCAUUCUCACUUUCCUUACUUCCAUCUUGCUUAAUAUCCUUUCAAAACCAAAACAUAAAAACCAUUACAUCAUGUGGUUUUGCAAUCUUCUAUCCACUUCUUGCCAUUUAAAGUUUGCAAGAUUCCUUUCUGGGACAGAAGCAUUUUGUGUUUACCUUCGUCUUUUAGGAGCAAAGAUUGGUCAUCAUUGCUCUAUAAGAGCAAUCAACCCGAUUCUAAUUCCGGAGUUUGUGUCAAUCGGUGAUGGUGUCCAUUUAGGCGAUUUUAGUCGGAUUGUCCCGGGGGUUUACAAUUCAAAAGGGUAUGUAUAUGGACAUGUGAAGAUACAAGAGAAUUCGGUAAUCGGGUCCCAAGGUGUUGUCCUACCUGGAGCUAUUAUCGAGCCUAAUGUCAUUCUUGGCGCCCUUUCAAUUGCUCCCAUGAAUUUUGUCCUCAAAACAGGUGGUGUUUUUGUUGGAUCUCAAACUCCGAUCAUGGUUAAAAACAUGACUCAUGUUUUAGAUGACAGAAUCGAAGAAAUGGACAACAAGUACAAAAAAGUCCUUGGAAAUCUUGCUGCAAACUUAGCUGCUGCCACCCUUAAAGUGAAAUCAAGAUACUUUCAUCGAAUUGGUGCAGCUGGUAAAGGAACUCUGAAGCUAUAUGAAAACAUCCCUGGAUUCCCUGACCACAAAAUUUUCUCCCCUGGAAUUUGCUAUUCCAUUGUUCUUCGGCAUAGCAAUUGCUUAAGCUCAGAUGACGAUGCCAGACUUGAUCCACGUGGUGUAGCAAUAAGAAUACUUUCAAAUACUGAAAACUCUCCACUUCUUGAUUUGACAUUAAAGACUGGUAAAGCGUUUCAUGCGCGUACAAUUGCUGACUUUGCAACAUGGCUGGUGUGUGGGGUCCGUGCACGUGAAGAGCAUGUGAAACAUGCUCCUCAUAUACGUGAUGCAAUGUGGGAUUCCCUUCGGAAAGCUGAUUCCUAUGUCGACCUCCAUUACUAUUCCAACAUUUGUAGGUUGUUUAGGUUCAAAGAUGGAAAGGAAAUGUACGUGAAGUUUAAGUUAAGACCUUUUGAUAAAACAAUAAAUGAAGAUUCCGGAAAAGUGGACCCCACAGGCAUACUUCCUCCUGAAACUGGUGCAAUCCCACGAGACGAAAAUGACAAAAGCCCGCUUCUUUUUCUAGAAGAUGAUUUUAUUCGUCGAGUGAAUUCUAAAAAAGUCUGGUAUGUUCUUCAAUUUCAAUUUCGUGAAGUGCCAAAUGACGAAAAUGGACGUGAGUUUGUGCUUGAUUGUACAAAGCCAUGGGACGAAAAGGAAUACCCUUACAUGGAAAUCGGAGAGAUAACUAUUGAAGAAAUACUCACAAAAGAAGAAUCUGAAAAAUUGGAGUUUAAUCCAUUUUUAAGAUGUCAUGAAGUUGAUGUCAUCCGUGCCACGUCAUGCUCCCAGAGUGCUUCCAUGGAUCAUGGAAGAUCGGUUGUUUACUCGAUCUGCCAACAUUUACGCAAUAACAAACCGCUUCCGGAAGCUUGGAGAAGCUUCUUGGAUCAAUCCGAUGUAAAAGUUGAUCUCACCGAUUGUCCAAUGGGAAAUGUGAUGGUAAAAAAAGAAGCUGAAAAAGUGACACUCAGAAGACCAUGGUACAAGAACUUAUGGAUGUUGACCGGUCAACCCAUACUUCAAGUUUUCAUCCCUUACUUUCUAAUGGGGUUGAUGAUUUUCACUCCGCUUAAUAUAACUUUUUUCUUGAAAGGGAAAAAUGGUGAACAAUUACUUUGGAUGCUACCGUUUUUGUGGGUCAUUUCCGGGGUUUUAUCUGGAUUAAUUUGUGUUGUAAUGAAAUGGGUUGUUGUGGGGAAGAAGAAAGAAAGGGAAAGUGUAAUGAUAUGGAGUAAAGGAGUGUAUAUGGACACAGUAUGGCAGGCGAUAAAGACAUUGGUUGGGGAGUAUUUCAUGGAAAUGACAAGUGGUUCGUUUAUGUUUGGGAUAUGGAUGAAGUUGAUGGGGUCUGACGUGGCUUGGGAUGAAGGGGUUUAUGUGGAUGGGAUGGGUGCUGUGUUGAACCCUGAGAUGGUGAGUAUCCAAAGGUAUGGAUCUGUGGGAAGAGAAAGUUUGUUGUUUGGACAUAUAUAUGAAGGCGAAGGGGGUAAAGUGAAAUUUGGGAAGAUUAAGGUUAAAGAAGGUGGUUUUGUGGGGAGUCGAAGUGUGGUUAUGCCUGGAGUGAUUGUGGAAAAAGAAGGAAAUCUUGCUGCUCUUUCGGUUGCUAUGAAAGGAGAGAUUGUCAAACACCAUUCCUAUGGAAAUUUGGGACAUGUGGCCUUCCCAUAUGAGAUUACCAAUCUUUAUCAACUGAUCUCCCUAAACAUAUCAAAUAACGCUCUACAAGGAGAGAUUCCACUGACAAUUGGCCAGAUGAAACAACUUGAAACUUUGGAUUUAUCUGGAAACAACUUGUCAGGAGAGAUGCCAUUAAGCAUGUCUGGUUUAUGCGGUCCUACCAAAAAAUGUACAGGAGAUGAAGAAUCAGAAGCAACAUCAGUCAAUGGUAAAAGUGAGGGUGAUGAGGAAGACAUGGAUGAAGGUUAG